CGACGCUCAUAACGAUAGCGAUACAAAGCAAAUGAGCUGAUAUCUGCCAUCAUAAGGGAUAUCUCGUAUUCUUUAUAUAAUUACUAGUCACUAUUGGCCAAGUGAUCACAAACAUUAAAAAAACAAACAUCUAAACUAAACUUCGAAUGGCACCGGAGACGAUAAAACGGCCUCAGAUAGGAGCGAUGUUUCGCGGUCCUGGUCCAGCGCGCUAUCUAUUACGAGGAUGUACAGGAUAUUACCAGCACGAUCCAUCAAAAAACAAAGCACCUGCAUAUACCUUUGGCUUUAAAUCAAAUCAGUUCAACCUUGAAGUGUCUUCACCUGGUCCAGCUUAUCUUGUUCCUUCAAACGUUACAAAAACGGGAAAAGAGGGCACACCUCGAUAUUCGCUGGCUGGUAGAACGUAUUUAAAUGGGUCUUUCAAGACGCCUGCACCAGGAACCUACUCACCAGAGAAACAAAAGUAUCCUUACCACAAAUACCCCCCACAGUACUCAUUUGGUUCAAGAUCAAAGAUUGGUAAGAAAGAUCAGACCCCUGGACCAAAUGCUUACAACCUACCAGGAAUCCUGGGUCCAAAAGCCAUUGGCAAGAAAUCUGCCCCAUCCUACAGUUUAGUGGGUAGAAGUAAGAUAGGAGGCUUUCAUGAAGAUCUGCAGAAGACUCCUGGACCUGGCACAUAUCAUGUCAAUAACCUUAACAUGGUGAAAAUAAGGUUACCAGCAUAUUCAAUGACUGCACGUAAUGCAAUGCCAGGCGAUAACACUCAGAAACCAGGCCCGGGUACAUAUUCCCCAGAAAAGGUUUACAUGAACAAGAAAAUUGCUCCAAAGUUUUCAUUUGGUAUACGACAUUCUGAAUUCACUGCACCCCUGAUUGCUGAACCCAUUGAUUAAAAGAUUUUGUAGCAUGCAAAGUACCUUACAUUAACAAAUUAUAGGCUUUCCGAUUAUAUUUUUGUACAUACAUGCAUGAUAAACUUAUUUGUUGCAGAAAACAAUGUGUAACCAAUAAAUUGUAUCAAUUAUUAUAAUAUCAUUUUAGGACUUACCUCCUGGCAUUCUUAGGGUAGGCAAUGUUCAUUAUAUGUGCUAAAAAUGAA